GAUUCUCGGAGAAUCAAAUGGAUCAAAUUGCGGCGUCAGAUGUCUCAAAUGGUGCAGGAAAUGUAAAGGAGCCGAGGAUAAUAUCUCCGGGAGGAUCCAAGACCGAAGACAAGCAAAGUCACGGUGUACUUACUAAUCAGAAUGAUACGACGAGUCAAGAUAGUAGGGAUCAGCCACGUGGUGAUGUGAACAUGGAAGCUUCUGUAUCAGCAGAAAAUGUGAUUAGAGCUGGAGGGUUUGGUGCUAAAGACGACAUUGGAAGCUUCCUUCCUGUGGCGAGUGACUCGACUGACUUUGAGGAAUCAAUACGCUCUGCACGCGAUUAUGAGGAAGCACAACCGGAGGUUCAAAGACCGGGUCUUGGCUUGCAUAAAGAGUAA